AUGCUGGGCAAAGAGGGUAAGCUCUCAACUGCAUCUUCUUUGUUUCAUGAUUUGCAUAAAGAUGGAUUAGGGAUCGAUGUCUAUGCUUACACAUCCCUAAUAACCGUAUUAUCGAGCAAGGGACGAUAUAGGGAAGCCAUUAUGGUUUUCAACAAAAUGGAAGAUGAAGGUUGCCAGCCGAGUUUAAUCACCUACAACGUGAUUUUGAACGCAUAUGGCAAAAUGGGUAUGCCGUGGCAUAAAAUUAUGUCGGUUUUCGAUGGUAUGAAGAGCUCGGGUAUAUCCCCUGAUUCAUACACGUACAAUACGAUCAUAAGUUGUUGCCGAAGGGGGUCUUUACACGAGGAGGCCAAAGGGAUUUUUCACGAGAUGAAAUUAGCCGGAUUCUUGCCGGAUAAGGUCACGUAUAAUGCAUUGUUGGAUGUUUACGGUAAGUCGAGGAGGCUUAAAGAGGCAAUGGAAGUUCUGAAAGAGAUGGUGGCGAACGGUAUUCCGCCUAGCAUUGUGACUUACAAUUCUUUAAUAUCCGCAUAUGCUAGAGAUGGGUUGUUAAAUGAGGCCAUGGAGUUAAAAUCCCAGAUGGUUAAAAAUGGGAUUAAACCGGACGUGUUCACUUACACCACAUUGCUGUCCGGAUUCGAAAAAAAGGGGAAUGACGAGUCGGUCAUGGGGAUAUUCAAGGAAAUGCAGCUCACGGGCUGCAAUCCGAACAUCUGCACGUUUAAUGCUCUCAUUAAAAUGUAUGGUAACCGUGGGAAAUUCAAAGAGAUGAUGAGAAUUUUUGAUGAAAUGAAAGCUUGUGGGUUCAAGGCAGAUGUUGUCACGUGGAACACUCUUUUGGCCGUGUUCGGCCAGAACAGGAUGGACACGGAACUUUCCGGAGUGUUCAAGGAGAUGAAAAGGUCCGGUUUUGUAGCUGAGAGGGACACAUUCAACACGUUGAUUAGCGCUUACAGCAAAUGCGGAUCUUUGGACCAAGCAAUGGCUAUUUAUAAACACAUGCUCGAGGCUAAGGUCACUCCUGACCUCUCAACUUACAAUACUGUAUUAGCUGCUUUAUCCCGGGCCGGGCUGUGGGCCCAGUCGGAGAAGGUUUUCGCUGAAAUGGUGAAUGGCCGGUGUAAACCGAAUCAAUUGACUUACAGUUCUUUACUCCACGCGUAUGCCAAUGGAAAACAGAUUAAAAAAAUACACUCUUUGGCUAAAGAAAUAUAUUCCGGUAAAAUCGAGCCUUGUGCGGGUUUGCUUAAAACUCUUGUUAUUGUCUACAGCAAAUGCGAUUUGCUGAAGGAAACAGAACAGGCUUUGUUGGAGCUGAGGAGUAAAGGCUCUUCUCCCGAUAUAACCAUUCUAAACGCGAUGGUCUCGAUUUACGGGCGGAGGCAGAUGAUCGAUAAGGCGAACGAGAUUUUCGAGUUCAUGAGAGAAAACGGGUUUACGCCCACUCUCGCCACGUACAACAGCAUGAUGUACAUGUACAGCCUGUCGGUUGAUUUUGAACGGGCAGAGGAUAUUUUAAAGGAUUUAAUCAAGAAAGGGAUUAAGCCGGAUGUGAUUUCGUAUAAUACGGUGAUUUACGGUUACUGUAGGAAUAGGCGUAUGAAAGAGGCUUCGAGGAUGUUUAAGGAAAUGAGAGAUUCGGGUCUUAAUCCGAAUGUGAUUACGUACAAUACGUUUGUCGUGAGUUACUUAUCAAAUGCCAUGUUUGUGGAGGCCAUUGAUUUGGUUCGCUAUAUGAUCAAGAAUGGGUGCAGGCCGAAUGAGAGCACGUAUAAUUCGAUCGUGGACUGGUACUGUAGGCUCGAUAGGCGUGAUGAGGCGGUUAUGUUUGUUAGUAAUGUUCGGGAGAUAAAUCCGCACAUUUCGAAGGAGGAUGUUCGUAAAUUGUCCGAAAGGCUGAGAAUAAAACGAGGUCAUGAGGAGGAUGAUGAUGGGUUUCUUUGGGGUGAUUAA